AUGGCCUUCAGACGAGAUAGAUAUCUCACUGACGAAGAAACAGAAGAAAUAAUAAACAGUGACGCAUUCUGUAAUGCGGUGUCAGAUGAUCAGGACCAUAUUGAUAUCACCGUAUGUCCUCCUGAAGUAGACUGUACGACCGACGAAGAAGAAGGUCCAGACGAUGUUACUGGAACCGUGGAAGUCUCAGAUGUGCCAGGGGCUAUUGAAUUACAUUUUGUUGCAUCAGAGAAUAACGAAGAAACUGUAUGUAAAACUUCACUGCCAAGUACAUCCCAAGUUUCCAGAAGUAAAGCGAAGAAGAGACGUCUUACUGAUGAGAAAAGCAAUUGGAAAAAGAUACCUCCAGUUUAUACAAUGCUGUCUCAAACUAUUGAGCAUGACAUCAACACAAAGAGAAAGGAAUUGAAGGAACAACUUUCUUCCUUGACUCUGAAGGAGAUUUUUGAAGAACUGAUGAACGAAAACAUAUACGAGUUUAUAAUGAAAGAAACUGUGAGAUAUGCGGUAAAUGUGAAGAAUAUGCAGGAUUUUAUCUUCACAGUUGAAGAAGUGAAGGUCUUUGUCAGAUUUCUUCUUUUUGCUGGCUACCAUAAGCUCCCUGCUGAGAAGCUACACUGGUCUGAAGAUGAAGAUGUUGGCAUACCAAUUAUAAAGACAGCUAUGUCAAGGAAUAAAUAUCAGAAGUUGAAAAAAUGGAUUCAUUUUCAAGAUAAUGACUUAGCCAACGAAAACAAACACAAUUGCGGAUUCAAAAUUAGACCCCUCUUGAAAAUGAUAAAUGAAUCCUUUCAAAAAUUUGGAAUAUUUGAGGAAAAUUUGUCAAUUGACAAAUUGAUAGUCAAAUACUAUGGACGAAGUGGGCUGAAACAGUUUAUCCGAGGCAAGCCUAUUAGAUUUGGCUAUAAGUUGUGGUCUCUUUGUGGAGCAAAUGGCUACUGUUUCAAAUUUGAUUUAUACUGUGGAAAGGAUCCAGAAGAUACUGCAAGGGAUGACCUACUAUUGGGAUCAAGAGUAGUCCUAAGCAUGCUGAACUGCAUUGAAAAACCCGAGAAUCAUUGUGUGUACUUUGACAAUUUCUUCACUAGUAGAGAUCUUCUGAUUCAUCUGAGAAAUUUGGGUUUUCGAGCAACUGGGACUGUCAGAGGGAAUCAAGUUGGUGACUGUCCACUACUGAGCAGCAACGAACUGAAAAAGACAGUUCGAGGAAACUAUGACUACCAGAGAAUGAGGAAUGGUGAAGUCUUAUUUGUUCGAUGGCACGACAACAGAUGCGUUACAAUUGGUACAAAGUUUGACAAAGUUGAACCUUUGGGAGCAGCUAUGUGGUACAGUAGACAAGCAAGUAAGAAGACACAAGUGCAACAACCUGCCGUUUUGAAGUCGUAUAACGCAUACAUGGGAGGUGUUGACCACCAUGACUGGUUAGUUGGUAAAUAUGCGACGGUAAUUAGAGGGAUAAAAUGGUACAGAGUCCUAUUUACACGUGUGCUGGAAAUGGCCCUUGUAAAUGCCUGGCUCUUCUACAGACUAGUACAUGGGAAGAAUGCACUGGAUUUACUGGAUUUCAGACUCGCUGUUACAGUUACAUACCCGAAAUUGGGCACUGGAGGACCGAUUAUUGGGCGUCCAAUGGAAUACCCAUCAAGUCAGUUGAGAGUGAUUCCAGACAUCAGGUUUGAUGGAAUUGGUCAUAUGAUUGACAAAAGAAGCACGCAAAGAAGAUGA